AUGGAAGACGGAAAGGGCAACGUUGGAAUGGACCCCGACAUGGACGAUGAUUCAGACGACGAGGUGUCUCUGCUGGUCGUGGACGAGGAUGAACUCAACACCACCUUGAACGAGGCUGGUAUUCAAGUCAAGGUGGAUGCGGAAGGAAGCUCUGUAGAAGUGAGCGUCCUGAGCGAGGACGUCUCUACCUUCCUGAUGUUUGCCCCGGAGGAGGAGUACCUCGGCGCCAAGGUAACGGGCUUCGUCCCGCGAGAGGACGGCGGACUCAGCGCCCUCGAAAUGCACGGCCAGCUCUUGGAGGGCGAUGUCCUGACGCACCUUAACGGGAGCAACGCCCGCCUCCUGGACUUCACCGACAUCCUCAAGGCCUGCAGGGGUCCCGACAGGGGAGGCCUCCCUCGCCCUCUCGUCAUGAAGUUCUCGAGGUCGGAGGCGCUCUCGCCCCCCGCUUCUCCCGCGCCGUCCCCGCCCGCCUCGCCGACCGCUGAGCGAGGGCAAGCUGCCGCGGUAACCAGUAAGACUGAUGCGGCAGGGGGCGGCGCCAGCGGCGGUGGCGGCGCUACAAGCGGAGCAUCUUCGUUGCUGGCUGACCUUGAUGACUUUAUGGGGGGGUUAAGCUUGCCGGGGGGGGAAGCGCGAAUUCCCGGGAUGUCGCACAUCAAGGGUUCCCGGUGUCUCAAGUCGGACACGGUGCAACGAUGCACGAAGCACAUGUGCACAGCGAACAACCUCGUGACGGUAGAUGCUCCGUUUGAGGUUUCACCGUCCGCCCGUUUCAAUGCUUGUGUGAACGCGUCAUUUUUUCACAUCUGUUCGUUGUUUUAG